AUGGCGGACGCGACGCGCGCAGCCGAUGAGCACUCGGCAGCUCUGUCGUCGCAUGAAGAGAACACAAAUAUAACUACGCGCAACGCUAUCGAGUCCCCUCUUCUGCAACUUCCAGCCGAGAUGCGAAAUGAGAUCUACAAAUACGUGUUGAGCGGCCAGGUUCACGAGAUCCUAUUGCGACCCCUCCUACUGGAAAGUACCCUUGGUCUACUACUCGUCUGCAAGCAAAUCUCCGAAGAAGCUGCCAUGCUACAGUACCCUUACUGCGUCUUUGCAUUCGACCACGAGCUCGCCAUGCGAUACUUCCUCUUACGAUGCUCCCCCGCCCAACUUAAACUCAUACGUACCAUUCAGCUCAAACCACGUAGGUGUGGUUUGCUGAAGCGGUCCUUCUGGAACUUUGGGAACAAUGGAGGGUCAAUACGGUUGGAGAAACUGGAAGGCUUGCAGACGGUGGUUAUCGAGAAAGCGAGGGUUCCUUCACUGAUGAGUGCUGUGGGCGAGCAACAGGAUAUUGGGAUGCUGGCGGAGACGAUGAAGCGUAUGAAACCGGGUGUUACCGUCAUAAUCGAAGAAUAG